GGUUUUGUCAAAAUACAUUGUAUUGAACUUUUGAAUCUAUAUUAUUUAAAAAUAUUGUAUUUUUCUAAAGUAUGAUCAUUACUAUAAUUUAGUUCAAUAGUUUGGAAUUCAAAUCCUAGUGGUUAUUUGAAGACAUAAAAUAAAAGUUGAAAAUUUAACAAAAAAUGAAAUAAUGAAUUGUUAUAAUUAAGAAUCACUUAAGAUAAGGAGGAAAAAUCUAAAUGCUUUGUGACUCUUUAGUUUGUUAAAUAAUGAGAUAAUGUAUUCAUUUAAUUAAAUUUAAUUAAAUAGACACUCAAAGAUAUACUAAUUUAAUAAUAAUUUUCUUCGAUUAACAUAACUUAAGUUGUAUAUGUUUUAUAAAUUUCUUACUAUUAAUAAACCUACUAAAUAUUUUUAUUAGCAUGAAUAUGUUUUUAGGCUUAGGCUAGUUAAAAAUUUCAAUAUCUGUCCUUUGAAUAUGUGCUGUUAUUUUUUUGUAUCGAGUUAUAAUUAGUAUUGUUACUAAAAUAGUUUCUCUAACUUCAAUUAUUUGUGUUAACAAAAGCCAAAGACUUAUUCAUAAUUUAAUGUUUUUCAGUGAAUUAAAGAAAAUGAUUUGUUAUAUUUAUUAGAGUUACAUCAUAGUAAAACAUGUAGUUGUGUUUUAUUUAAUUUUAGUUUGAUCAAUAGUUUAGUUACUAGGUAACCUAUUUAUUGUAUGUAUUAGUAUUUGUGUGACCGUACGCAAUUUUCAUUAUUAUAGUGAAGAAUAGUCAUAAUUGUCAGCUAGUUGAAAUUUUAUGAUUAUGUUAUUAUUAAUUACUAUUAGUUAUUAUAUGUGACUAUUAGUUUAUUAAUAUAGUCUGAAAUAUUUAGGGCUAAAAAUUAUUUUUAAUUAAUAAGUUAAAUUUGUUUAUUUUAUUCAAAAUGAAUCAAUUUAUUCCAAAAUCAAAGCGUGUUGUUCCACCAUUUAGUUCUCAAUCUCGACAACCUAAUACUGUAGUAGUUGGACCUCCUCGAUCUUAUAGGUACCACACCAAAGUUGGAAAUACAGCAUUUCGUCGGUAUUACGACCGAGGUGAUUUUUUAUUAUCUGUAGAUAGUGGCCGUAUAAUGUGGAAAACUUCUUUUGAUAAUAUUGAUUAUCAUCAUUAUUUACCAAUAUUUUUUGAUGGUUUACGUGAAGUUGCUUAUCCAUAUCGUGCUGUAGCAGAAUGUGGGGCAUCUGAUUUACUAAAAAAUGGAACGUCAGAUCGCAUAUUACCUGUUGUACCUCAGUUGAUUAUUCCAAUUAAACUAGCAUUAAAUACGGGACAUCCUGAUGUAGUUGUUUCUACUUUAAAAAUGAUUCAAACAUUGGUUACAUCAGCUGAUAUGAUUGGAGAAGCUUUAGUACCCUAUUAUAGACAAAUAUUGCCACCCCUAAAUAAAUAUAAGAGUAUGAACAAAAAUACUGGUGAUGGCAUAGAUUAUGCGCAAUACCAACAGGAAGAUAUUGGAGAUUUAGUUAACAGAACAUUAGAAAUACUUGAGCAACAUGGGGGGGCACAUGCUUUUAUUAAUAUAAAAUACAUGAUACCUACUUACGAAUCAAGUAUUAUUAAUUAAUUAAUUAAAUAUCUUGUAUAUUCCGUGUUUUAGUGGAGUUGUGUAAAUUAUUAGUAAUAUUACAUUUAUCCAAACUACUCUACUUUCCAUUACUUUUUAACCAUAAAAUCACUUUUUAGAUUAUCUAUAUCUAUGUAGACAAUAUAUCUUGAAUAGAUAAAUAAAUAUUUUGAGG